AUGUACCACAUAAAUCAACAUCAACAUCAUUUAUCCUGGGAUAAUUCGAUUCCACCAAUAAUCACAAUAAAUUCUGGUGAAAUUGUAUCAUUUAAUUGUCUUGAUGCGUCCAAUGGUCAAAUCAAUGCUCAAUCAACUGAUGAGGUGAAACUGAAACUAUGGAAACUAGAUGAAAAUAAUUAUCAAUAUGCUUGGUUUAAACAAAAUCAAAUACGUAUUUCACAUCGACCAUUUACUGGUGAAUGUAGUGUUGCACGUAGUUUAAAUGGGUCUUUUUCAACAAUUCUACCUUAUCGAACAGGUGAAAAUAUUGAUACGAAAUGUUUAAUAAAAGGAGCAAAACUUUAUUUACCUAUGGAAUGUAAAGGAGCUUUAUUUAGUAUCGGUGAUGAACAUGCAGCACAAGGUGAUAGAGAAGUAUGUGGUACAACAAUUGAAACACCAAUUAUUGUUUCAGUUCGUUUAACUGUACGACAUGGAGAUGAGUUUAAACAUGUGACAUCUCCAUGUUUAUUAACUCAACCUGAUAUAAAACAAUCGACACAAUAUUUAUUCGGUUUUUAG